AUGAUUUUUGAGCGACUGAGAAAGCAUCAGUUGAAAAUGAAUCCAUUAAAAUGCGCAUUUGGCGUCAAAUCCGGCAAGUUUCUUGGGUUCAUUGUUCGCCAUCAGGGGAUAGAAAUUGAACAAGCAAAGAUUGAUGCCAUACUAAAAAUACCCGAACCUCGAAAUAUUCAUGACCUGAAAAGUUUGCAAGGGAAGUUAGCAUACUUACGAAGGUUUAUUUCAAAUUUAGCUGGAAGGUGUCAACCAUUUAGCCGAAUUAUGAAGAAGAGUAUACCAUUCGAGUGGGAUGAGUCAUGUAGAAAUGCUUUCAAGAACAUCAAAUCUUACUUGAUGCAGCCUCCUGUAUUAGCAGCACCUGUGCCAGGACGCCCCUUGAUUUUAUAUAUUGCUGCUCAAGAACGAUCCAUGGGAGCUUUGCUUGCGCAAGAGAAUGAAGGUGGAAAAGAGAAUGCAUUAUACUACUUGAGCAGGACAAUGACACCAAAUGAGUUGAAAUAUGCUCCAAUUGAGAAGUUGUGUUUGGCAUUGAUUUUCUCUAUCCAGAAGCUUAAGCAUUAUUUUCAAGCUCACACUGUCCGCCUCGUAUCUAAGGCAAACCCUUUAAAGUUUGUGAUGUCCAGACCUGUUCUAUCUGACAGACUUGCACGUUGGUACCUCCAACUGCAACAAUUUGAGAUUGUGUAUGUUCCUCAAAAGGCUGUGAAGGGACAAGUGUUGGCAGACUUCUUAGCAAACCACCCAAUUCCGGCUGAAUGGGAGCUAAGUGAUGACCUCUCGGAUGAAGAUGCACUUGUAAUCGAUGUCGCCCUACCAUGGUGGAUGUUUUUCGAUGGAGCAUCUCAUAAAGAAGGUGCUGGUGCCGGGAUCGUGUUCGUGACACCAGAACGUCAAGUGCUGCCAUUUUCCUUCACUCUAACUGAGAAUUGCUCUAACAAUGUAGCAGAAUAUCAAGCUCUGAUCCUCGGUUUGGAAAUGGCAUUGAAUAUGCAGCAAUCUCACCUCAAAGUAUAUGGUGAUUCUAAAUUGGUGGUUAAUCAAAUACUUGGAUUGUAUGAAGUAAAGAAACUUGAAUUAUUGCCAUACGUCAAGUAUGCUCGAAAGAUCAUUGAGUGGCUCGGAGAUGUGGAGAUUGAGCAUAUUUCAAGAAGUGAAAACAAGCAGGCAGAUGCCUUGGCCAAACUUGCAUCCACUAUAGCUAUGAUCAGGGGUGAAACUCAAAUCCCAGUAUGCGAAAGAUGGGUCAUACCACCCAUUUUCGAAGAAGAAAAAGACGAAGAAAUCGAAAGCCAUCUUGUUGAAGUCUUUGAGAUUGAGGAGGAAGAUUGGCGCCAACUGGGGCAUUUAUACAUUUUGGCAGCGACCGAUUACUUCUCCAAGUGGGCUGAGGCGAUACCAUUAAGAGAAGUGAAGAAAGAGACCGUUGCUGAGUUUAUCAAGACCAACAUCAUCUAUCGCUAUGGAGUUCCUCGCUACAUCAUAACUGAUAAUGGAACACCUUUCAGCAACACGGUGAUAAACAAGCUUUGUGAAAAAUUCGGCUUCAAGCAACGGAAGUCAUCGAUGUAUAAUGCACCGGCAAAUGGGUUGGCUGAGGCAUUCAACAAGACUUUGUGCAAUCUGUUGAAGAAAAUUGUUUCAAAAUCAAAGCGUGACUGGCAUGAACGUAUUGGGGAAGCAUUGUGGGCAUAUCGAACCACCUAUAGAACUCCUACGCAGGCAACGCCUUACUCUUUGGUAUAUGGGGUUGAAGCUGUCAUUCCUCUCGAGCAACAAAUUCCCUCUUUGAGAAUGGCCAUUCAGGAAGGGCUAACUGAAGAAGAAAAUGCACGUCUGCGUCUGGAGGAACUCGAAGCUCUAGAUGAGAAAAGGCUGGAAGCUCAGCAAAAGUUAGAAUGCUACCAAGCUCGCCUCUCAAAGUCUUUCAACAAGACGGUGCGAGUGCGUUCUUUUCAAGUUGGAGAUUUGGUCCUCGCUGUGAGGAGGCCAAUCGUUGUCACUCAUCGUGUUGAAAACAAAUUCGUAUCAAGGUGGGAUGGCCCAUAUGUUGUCAAGGAAGUCUACACAAACGGAGCAUACAGGCUUCUUUCUGAUGACAACGUCAGAGUUGGGCCUAUCAACGGCAAGUUCCUGAAACGUUACUAUCCUUGA